CCCAGUUGACUCGGUGGGACUCGGUUCCUUGUUGGCAUCUUUUGUUCCUUUUUUUAAUAGAGGAAUAAUUCUUGGGUCACCAACCAAAAAUGAAGACUUGGGCUUUGUAGAGAGAGAGAGAGAGAGCGAGAGAGAGAGAGCCUCUCCUUCCGCUCAGCCAUGGCUCCAGCAGGGAAGGUCUCUGAGUUUCAUCGAGAAGGCAAUGACUGGUUCUGCAGUGCUGGAUUGCCGAGUGAUAUCACUGUUGUGGUCGAGAGCGUAAACUUCCAUCUUCACAAGUUUCCUCUCAUGUCAAAAUGUGGAAAGAUAGCUCAAAUAUAUGAAGAAUCCCAAGGUAUGCGGGAGAAGAUUUUCACAACAGUGCUGAAAGAAUUCCCCGGCGGCCCUGACACUUUCUUGAUGGCAGUUAAGUUCUGCUAUGGUGUCCGUGUCGAAUUGACAUCAAGAAAUGUGGUAAUGGUGUACUGUGCAGCAGACUACCUUGAAAUGACAGAUGAGUAUGGAGAAGGUAACUUAAUCUCAAAGUCAGAAAGUUUCUUACAUAAGAAUGUACUUCGCAACUGGAAAGAUUGUAUUUUGGCACUUCAAAGUUCCGAGCCUGUCAUGUCAAGGGCUGAAAAUCUCCAGAUAUUGAGCAAAUGUUUUAACACUGUAUCUAUGAUGGUUUGUACGGAUCCUAGUUUGUUUGGAUGGCCCAUGAUGAUGUAUGGUAGUUUACAGAGCCCUGGUGGAAGCAUCUUAUGGAACGGAAUAAACACCGGAGCACGAAUGCGAAGCUCAGAAUCUGAUUGGUGGUUUGAGGACAUCUCAUAUCUUAGUGUUGGUUUGUUUGAGGGGCUUAUUAAGACAAUGAAAGCAAGAGGUAUAAGACCUGAAAACCUAGCUGGUGCUACAAUGUACUAUGCCAGAAAGUAUCUACCAGGUCUUGGCCGAUGGCAUGGCGGACAAAGUGGCAAAACCAGAACAGUUUCUAGUUUUAGCUUGACACCUGCUGUUGUGGAUCAAAGGGUUCUAUUGGAAAGCAUUGAGAAGCUUCUGCCAGAAAAGAAGGGAAAGUCCUUUUGCCGUUUCUUACUGGGACUUCUUCGUGUUGCUCUGAUAUUGGGUGUUACUCAGAAAUGCAAGGACUCUUUAGAGAGGAGAAUAGGAAUGCAACUAGAACUGGCAACUCUAGACGGUCUUCUGAUUCCAACUUAUUCAGAUUCUGAUACAUUAUAUGAUACAGACUGUGUUGAACGGAUUGUUCAUCAUUUUAUGCCUUCAGAGUCAAGGAUAACAUCAUUUUCUUCAUCAUCGUUCGACCUGCAGGAAACAUCACCAUCAUCUGGACCAUUAAGAAAAGUUGCGAAGUUGAUAGACAGCUAUAUUGCAGAGGUUGCUUCUGAUGUGAAUUUGAAACCAGGAAAGAUACGCUCGCUUGCGGAGGCUCUCCCAGAAUCUUCAAGACCUUUUCAUGAUGGGCUAUACAGAGCACUGGAUAUAUAUUUCAAGGAACACCCUUGGCUUUCGGAGAAAGAGAAGGAAGAACUCUGCAAUGUCAUUGACUACCAGAGACUAUCCAUUGAUGCAUGUGCCCAUGCAUCCCAAAAUCAAAGGUUGCCACUUAGAGUUGUUCUCCAAGUCCUGUUCUUUGAGCAGAUGCAGUUAAGAACAGCUCUAGCUGGCUGUCUCCAUGUAUUGGACACUGAAAGUGCCCCUGCAGCUCCUUUGACUAUCCCAGGUGAAAUGGCAGGCCAGAUUGUACAGAGGGACGGGUGGGUGACGGUAGUGCGUGAGAAUCGGGUUUUAAAGGUUGAUUUGGAAAAGAUGAGAUCUAGAGUUGGGGAACUCGAGGAAGAAUUUAGUAAAAUAAAGCAAGAGAUGAAAAAGGUGACGAAAUCACAUAGUUCUCUUAGUUCUCCUCGUUUGGUUGCCAAGAAAAUUGGAUGCAAGCUUAUUCCACGAUCCUCAGAUGCUCCGCCAGAUACUGUUGAAAGCACUGGACCUACUCCAAGAGCAUCACUUGAGAAGGCACGUUCUUCCGGUCAUUCCAGACACCGGAAAAGUUUCUCUUUGUUUUAACGGCUAGUACUAGGAAACUGAGAUGGGGAUUCGUAAUCAGGUCUCUUUCUCUUUUGGUUCUGAAUGUGCGAAGGAAAGGGAAGGAAAAUGUUUAAAUUGGCUGCAUUUUCCUUUUCUUUCCUUCGUUUGAAUCUGGCAUUAUUAUUUCCAGAACACUGCUGAAAAAAAUGCUGGCCUGGUACCACAGAAUUGUUUUUGGAGUAUGACAGGAGAAUGGGAGCCUCUUCAAUUUUUUUUUUUUUUUUAUGUAAGGAGGGAGAGUUUUCUUUCACUUUUGGUAGUAGUUAGUGGUUGGUAGGCAUCAAAGAAUGACCAGAAAAUCAGAAAAGUAAUGCUUUGCCUUUUGAAGUUGGAAUACAGAUGUGUUUUCCACUCCAUACAAGUAAAUAUACUAAGUUACAGUUAUAUAUUGUUUGUAAUUUCUUAUUUCUUUGGUGCUUAUACAUGUACAGCACUGUGAAUCAAGUUGUAAGUUUGUCAAACAUUACAAGAAUAGACUCAUAUUUCCAUGUUUCUUAA